AUGGAGGAAGAACGUGUUACUCUGGAGAAUAAAUACCACUUUUGGGAGAGUGAGGUGGAGCUGGCAAGGAAAAAGACCCUUGCUCCAGACGGAAAGAAGUUUCGCUACUUUGAUGACAAGGGCGUCUUCAACUUUGUCUUUAUGCUAUGGAUGUACAGGUGGGUUAAAGAAACGGCAGAAAGGUAUCUAGAUCCUUAUAUGCUUCACCCUCUCCCCUUGGCUGACCAGAUUCUUAUAUGGCAGCCUAUUCUUUCUAAACACAUUAGUGAUGGUAUCGCAAGCCUGGAAGUAUAUGAAUCUUUAAGUGAAGAUGAGAAGAAGAAAGUCAAGCAACCUGUAAGAUACAUUCUGUUAAGGGCUCUAAUUUUGACUUUUUGGAAGAGGCUGCUUGUUAUUCUAGUUGGUGUGGUAGUGGUUAAUGCUAUUGGUAUGAGUGUAGCAGUGUUCCUGCACAAAUUACUAGAGUUACUCUAUAGAAGGGACUUUAAUUUUGUAGCGCUGUUGUCUCUUACCAUCUCUAUCGUCUUAAUUGAGUUAAUAAAGGAGCUUGGUAUGGAUCAUAUCAAUUACUAUUUGCAAAGACUUUCCAUUAUAAUGGACUCUUCUAUCCGUAUUACAAUAUUCCAACAUGGACUCUGUUAUAGAAGGAGUCUGUUUGGGCAUCUCUCUGACAAUCCUGACGCUUGCAAGAGCAUCAUUCACAGUUGCUCUGGAGAGGAUAAAUGCACAGACAAUCCACUCUUGUGCCCAGCAAGGCGUUACAAGAACAAUGAAGUAACCCCCAAAAUGUAUGCCCUGAUUCUAAAUGACUCACACUUUCUUCCGUUUUUCAUUGAGGCUAUUCCUGGGUUUAUUGAUUUCUUGACAUCACUUACCUAUGGAAUCAUCUUAAUGAGUAGUCAGUUUAAUGUUAAAGCACUCACUAUCCUCAUAAUUUCACUCUCUCUAGUUGUUUGCAUGUUCAUUGUUGAGAUCUUGAAUGGUUUCAUGUUAAGGUGGUAUCUCGGAAUCAGAGACCAUAGAAUUUCUAAAUCAAGCGAGGUAAUCUCUGGGCUGCACUUGAUUGAAGCCAUGGCUCUUGAUGAUAUCGGUCACGAUAUUAUCACUGAAACCAGGAAUGACGAACUUAAAAUUGUCUUUGUUCGCUUCUUCUUGUCCCUAGUAAACAAGGUUCUCACGACGUCGAUCAUGUGCAUCAAUAUCAUUGUUCUCGUAAAUGAUUUUGUCGGACAAGCCAGAGAAGCCACUGAUAUCAAGAUCAUCAAUCCUUCGGGGCUAUUGGCAUCCGUAUUUGUUAUUAUGAAGAUCAUUGGCCCGCUCUACAUGGUUCCCAUGUACCUGAGACUCAUGCUAUUCGGGAUCAAUGCAUUCAAAAGAAUUGAAUUGUUCUUGAGAACUUGUUCACCAAACUUUUACAUUCCUGAUAACAAGUUUACUGGGGAUAUUCCUCUGCCAGAUGGACUGCCUGAUAAGAACAAGACACUGCCAAAAGGCCUAGUUGUGAUGUUCAAGCAGGCCUCCUUUGCUUGGGUCAACAGUAGAAAGGAUCUUCUUGACAAUACUGGUACUACUUGUCUUAGGAACCUUGACUUUGUCCUCAAUACUGGUGACCUUGCCAUCAUUACUGGUGCUCAAGGUUCUGGUAAGAGUAACUUUAUCAAGGCUAUCCUUGGUGACAUGACUCUUGUUGAAGGAUCAAUGGCUGCACUGCCUCUAUCUACCAACAUGCCAAUAUUCUAUGCCUCUCAGGAUGUCUGGCUACAAAAGGGUACCAUUAAGUCUAACAUUACCUUUGGUCACAGAUUUGAUGAGGAUAUCUACAACACAGUUCUGAAGGCUAUUGAACUUGAACAUGACAUUUCCACUUGGGAAGGAGGUGACCUGCGUAAGAUCUCUGAACAUGGUUAUUCCCUCAGUGGAGGUCAGAGAGUAAGAGUUGGACUUGCUCGUGCCAUUUAUGCCUAUCUCAUCUUUAGCGAGGCUAAUAGAGAGAACGGAUCUGACCAUUCCCUCCUUGUAGUCCUUGAUGACUGUUUCACUAGCUUGGAUCCAUUCGUGGCGAAGACAAUCUUCAAGAAUCUCUUUAAUGUUAAUGAUGGACUAUUGGCCAAGGACGAUGUUGCUACUAUUGUCACGAUUUCCAAGCGUAUAUUAGAUGCUUGUGUAUCAGCUGAGUCAUCGGAGUCAUUCCCGGAUGCUCCAAUAUAUUUUCUGGAGAACAAGGGUCUUGUGCAUGAGAACAAACUCAAGUCUUUGAUAGAGCAUGAAGUUGGUCAUCUUGAGCCUCCGAAGCCUUCUUUUGAUAGAGUAAAGCUUCCGCCUGUAUCACGUGAUAUUCUUAGAAGGUGUAGUUCUGAUGAUUUUACCAAACUUGGACGAAUGAGGUUGACAAAAUCUAGAUAUGCCAACUCUCCAACAGUUCAGAUGUUAUAUGAUAGGAUCAACUUUAAACGUGGAAAGAACAAGAACUUCAGAGCUGUUGAUGUUUACAUCCGUGCGGCUGGUUGGCCCAUUAUGCUCUUCUUUAUACUUACAUUCACCUUCUCAAGUUUGGACAGCACAAAGUUCAUCAUCACUUCCGGAGUAUCUGACUCAAUUGCUGGAUAUUUGCAAAAUAAUGAAGAGACAGGGGUAUCACUAGAGGACGUUAGGGAAUAUUCCUAUAGAUCCCUGAGAUGGAUAAUUAUUCUAUCAGUUUCUGUCAUGAUUGGAGCUUUCUUCCGUGUAGUUGCUAUGACAUCUGCUUCUGUUAACGUUUCAAGGAGAAUCCACGAGUAUUGUAUCGACUCUGUUUUUACCAACAAUUCUGCAGUUCUAAAGAUCAAAAAGUCAUUGAGCAGUGUACAAACAUUCUUGUACAUAGAUAUUCUUGCCAUUGACGGCUUCUUGAGUUACUACCUUCACGACGUUUUUGUACUUUCCAUUGAAAUGACUGUCCAGAUGUUGACGCUAUUCUUCAUGAUGCCAUGGUCCACUCCAAUCGCUAUAUUACUUGGGUUUAUAAUCCUGAGGUCUGUAGUAUAUUUCUAUGUAAAGUCCUGCAAGAAUGUAGGAUUUUCACGCUUGGAGGCUUACAAUCAAAUUGAUUCUAUCAUAGAAUCCGCAAUCUCUGGCUCGUACGUAUACCGUAGUUUUAAGAGUGAAUGGAAAUUGGUUCACAUGACGAUUGAGCACGUGGAUUAUAACGUCAGGGGUACAUACAUGAACAAUUCCGCUAUGUUUUGGACUUGCAUUACCUCUAGGUGUUUUCUUGCACCAUUGGCUCUGUUUAUUCUCGUAUUCCCUCUUGUUAGAUCAAGAUAUUUUGGAAUAAACGUACAGAUUGGUUAUUAUGCUAUGGCAUACUCAUUGUUCUUAAAUAUUAACAACAGUCUCUCGAACCUUCUUCAGAUAUCAUAUUAUCUUCAACUGUGUAAACUUCCCAUGAGAAGGUUCAAGAACUUUGUCCCUCCAAAUACUCCACUAAAAUUUGACAAAAAGAGGAACAUCCACCAAACCAACGUCAUUGUUAAUCGUUCUGCGUCAAGUGGAGAUGAUAAGAUAGCAGAUGAUAAUAUAAAAGAGACCCUUCGUAGAAGGCGACGUAGUGAGCAUGCUGAUAGAAGAGCUGCUAGAUGUACUAGUCUCAAGAUGCUCUUUUUCAACCACCAUGUUAAUAUACUUGACAUUUCCAAGUAUGCAGUUCCAGGUCAAGUCAGAGUACAGCUAAAGGAUGUUAAUGUCUACAUUACCUCCUGCAAGGAUGGAACGCGAUUCCCUAUUUUAAAGAAUGUUACCUGUUCUGCUAAUACAUCUGAUAUUAUUGGAGUCAUUGGCAGAACUGGAGCAGGAAAGUCUACCCUAUUGUCAGUACUUCAGAAUCUGGCAGAGCAUAGGGAAGGUUCUGUUUUGCUUGAUGGCUGCGACUUGAAUGAUAUGCCAAAGAAUGUGACUAGACAGAUCAUUGGAGUACUACCUCAACUGCCAUUUGUAUUCAGGGGGUGGACUGUUCGCAGAUUCAUUGACCCUAGAAUGUUAUUUGAUGACGCUGACAUUGAAGCAGCCUUGGAGAUUUGUGGUUUACUCACGUUUGUCGAGAAUCUCCCGGGUGGCAAGGGCCUUGACACAGUCAUUAUACCUGACCAUUACCACAAGGAUCUACCAAGGCAUUUAAAGAGAGCUUAUUAUGGACCUACCCUGAAACCGCACGACUCGCCUUCCGCAGACAGUGUCAACGUUGACUAUGGAUCGGUACUUUCAAACUCACAGCUACGUAUGUUAUCAGUAGCAAGACUGGUGCUUUAUAGAGAAUUUUACAAGAUACUCUUGGUUGAUGAACCUCCAGAGGAUGAGGUCGGAACAUUCAAGACGGUUGAUAUUCCCAUUUAUGAAAUUAUAAGGGCACACUUUCAACAUUGUACAACAUUUAUUGCAGCACACGACGCAGGUGUUUUGCGUUUGUGCACCUCAGUCUGGGUUUUUCACAAAGGUUCUCUCAUUAGGACCUGCAAGACUGAGGAUAUCGUAGAUACUGGGUCACUCUCCAAGAUUAUAGAGGACUGUAUUUUAGGACAAAAUUAA